CUCCGGGCACGGCCAGCGCCAGCGCCCGCCGGCUGAAAGGAGGAGGAGGAGGCGCUUCCCGCGGUGGAGGACGCGCACUGUGCCCGCCCGGCGGUGGAUGCCGGUGAGCCGUGAGCGCCCCGCGGGGCCGGCGGGCGAGGCGAUGGUGCGGGCGGCGGAGCGGCGCUGAGCGCUCCCGCUGCCGCCUCCUCCUCCUCCCGCCGCGGACGCUGCCCCGGUGCCGGAUACAAAAUGGCGCUGCCGUCACGGGCGGCGCUGCUGCUUCUGCUGCUGGGGCCGCUGGGCUCGGCCGCCGCCGCGGGCUGCCCCGCCGGCUGCUCCUGCGGCGGGGACACGCUGGGAUGCGGCGGGCUGGCACUGCCCGCCCUGCCCCGGGACCUGCCCCGCUGGCCGCGGCACGUAAACCUGAGCUACAACAAGUUGACUGAGAUUGAUCCUUCUGCCUUUGCAGAGCUGUCGAACCUGCAGGAAGUGCGCCUGGACAACAACGAGCUGACCACCAUUCCCUCCCUGGGAUCUGCUGCUCCCGGCGUCCGCUCCCUCCACCUGCAUCACAACAGGAUCCGCAGCAUUGAACCAAGUCAACUGCAGCCCUACGUUACCCUGGAAACGUUGGACCUGAGUUUCAAUGACAUCACGGAAAUCCGAAACGGCUGCUUUCCACAGGGACUUCACAUAAAGGAGCUCUACCUGGGGAGCAACAGAAUCAGCACCCUGGAGCCUGGUGCUUUUGAUAGUCUGUCACGGUCCCUGCUAACACUUCGUCUGAGUAAAAACAGGAUCACUCAGCUUCCUGUCAAGGCGUUCAGGCUACCCAGGCUAAUACAACUGGAGCUGAACCGGAAUCGCAUCCGCCUGAUCGAAGGCCUGACAUUCCAGGGACUGGACAGCUUGGAAGUCCUGAAACUCCAGCGCAACAACAUAAGCAAAUUGACUGAUGGAGCUUUCUGGGGUCUAGCCAAGAUGCAAGUUCUCCACCUGGAAUAUAACAGCCUGACAGAAGUAAACAGCGGUUCUCUCUAUGGCCUUUCCUCUCUGCACCAGCUUCACCUCAGUAACAACUCCAUAUCCCGCAUCAACCCCGAUGGCUGGAGCUUCUGCCAGAAGCUGCAUGAGCUAAUACUUUCCUACAACAACCUGACCAGGCUGGAUGAGGGAAGCUUGGCAGACCUCGGGGGACUGCACGUGCUGCGGCUGAGCCACAAUUCCAUCAACCACAUUGCAGAAGGUGCUUUCAAGGGACUCAAAAACCUCCGUGUCCUGGAACUGGACCACAACGACAUCUCAGGCACGAUAGAAGAUACCAAUGGAGCCUUCACAGGCCUGGAAAACCUGAGCAAGCUAACUCUGUUUGGAAACAAGAUCAAGUCGGUGGCCAAGAAAGCGUUCUCAGGGUUGGAGGCCCUGGAGCACCUGAACCUCGGGGACAACGCUAUCCGCUCCAUCCAGGCCGACGCCUUUGCCAAGAUGAAGAGCCUGCGGCAGCUCCACAUUAACAGCGACAGCUUCCUCUGCGACUGCCAGCUGAAGUGGCUGCCCCAGUGGUUAGUGGAGAAGGAGCUGCAGUCCUUUGUGGUGGCCACCUGUGCCCAUCCUGAGUCACUGAAAAGCAAGAGCAUUUUUGCCAUCCUGCCAGAAAGUUUUGUGUGUGAUGAUUUCCCCAAGCCGCAGAUCAUCAUCCAGCCCGAGACCACAGUGGCAGUCCUUGGGAAGGACAUCAGGUUCACCUGCCUGGCCGCCAGCAGCAGCAGCUCCCCCAUGAUGUUUGCCUGGAAGAAGGACAACGAGAUGCUGCACAACGCCGAGAUCGAGAACUUUGCCCACGUGCGGGCGAAGGACGGGGAGGUGAUGGAGUGCACCACCAUCCUGCACCUUCGGCACGUCACCUUCGCGCACGAGGGGCGCUACCAGUGCAUCAUCACCAACCACUUCGGCUCCACCUACUCCAACAAGGCCCGGCUCACUGUUAAUGUGUUGCCCUCGUUUAUCAAAACUCCCCAUGAUAUCACGAGCCGGACGGGGACGACAGCGCGGCUGGAGUGCGCGGCCGAGGGGCACCCCACGCCGCAGAUCGCCUGGCAGAAGGACGGCGGCACUGACUUCCCCGCGGCCCGGGAGCGCCGCAUGCACGUCAUGCCCGACGACGACGUCUUCUUCAUCACGGACGUGAAGAUCGAGGACAUGGGUGUCUACAGCUGCACGGCGCAGAACUCGGCGGGCUCCGUGCUCGCCAACGCCACCCUGACCGUCCUGGAGACACCAUCCUUGGUUCAUCCCUUGGAAGAUCAUGUGGUGUCCGUGGGUGAGACCGUGGCUCUCCAGUGCAAAGCCACGGGGAGCCCCCCGCCCCGCAUCACCUGGCUGAAAGGUGACCAGCCCCUGGUCGUGACAGAAAGGCACCACUUCACCUCUGGCAACCAGUUGCUGAUUAUUAGGAAUGUUGUCUUGGAGGAUGCUGGGAAGUACACCUGUGAGAUGUCCAACACCCUGGGGACGGAGCGCGCGCACAGCCACGUGAGCAUCCUGCAGUCCCUGGGCUGCAGGAAGGACCGGACCACGGUGGGGAUCAUCACCAUCGCCGUGGUGUGCAGCAUCGUGCUCACCUCCCUGGUCUGGGUCUGCAUCAUCUACCAAACCAGGAAGAAGAGUGAAGAAUACAGCGUCACCAACACAGAUGAGACUAUUGUGCCUCCUGACGUGCCAAGCUACCUGUCCUCCCAGGGGACUCUGUCGGACCGGCAGGACGUGGCCAUCAGGGUGGACACCCAGCAGCCCAACGGGCACAUCGACAGCAACGGUAUGUGUCAGACUGAUGCUGGAAGGUGUCCAGAUGUUGAAGCUCCUGCUGUAGGUUGCAGACAGCCCAAGCUGUGUAUCAGCUAUAAUAAAGACACUUGGAAAACUGAAGACAUGGCUGAUGGAAUGCUUGUUCCAGAUAAGACAGGUACAAAACCCAUUAAUCUGGGAAGGCAUUUCAUGUUUGUACAGAUCAGAAAGCCCUCCAAGUCAGACGGAAUUAACGUGAGAAAUUUUUACCUUCAGAGAAAAAAAAAGCCCAGAAUGAUUCUCAGGUGCAAACAUAGUAAAUUUACUUUCUCCUGCUUGCUUUGAUCCUCUCUCGAGCUUGGAUAGUUGGAAUUUGAGGAACCAUCAGAAAGAGACAGACUAAGGCUCACAAUCACCAUUCCUUGCAGCUGGCUGAUGGGAAUUUUGAUUUGAAAUAUUCCUGAAAUGUGAGAGCGCUUUCAAACUGAAGGUGUUAAAUUUUUUCAUGCUCUUUAAAAGAGGCUGUCAGCUUCAAAGCUCAGCCUCGUUUUAAUUUAUUUAUUUUCAAAAUUUAAAGGUUGUUUUGGGCACUACACCUGUGUCUGCUCUUUGCCAGUUUCUUGGGUGUUACACUCAUAGUUUUCUAUUUUUAGGAUGUGUUUUCUGUUCCCGUGCUGUAUUGUUACAGCCACACAAAAAGAGCCAGUGAAACAAAUUUUCUCUCCAGGAGAAACUAUAAAGUUUAAUAAUGGAAAGUUGUUGAGUGCACUGGGGAAAUUAACUUUCAACAUUUAGCAACUCCUUCCUGCUUGCAACUGCUUUGAUUUUGGCUCAUCUUUUGUUCCCGCUAACAGUAAUAGC